GAGGCGACGGCGAGCGGGAGGAAAUGGCGGCGGCGGCGGCGGCGCCAGGCGGCACCGGGAGGCCUGGGCUGUGACGCGCGCGCCGGAGCGGGGUCCGAUGGUUCUCGAAGGCCCGCGGCGCCCCGUGCUGCAGGUUACCUAGGGUAUGAAUUAAUACAGACUUGGAAACUGAAAGAACUUAGAAUCAGCAUUUUGAGAGCAGAAGCUUGGGCAUGCUGUGAUUUUCCAAUAAACCGCUAUCACAAUGUCAAAGUGCAGUUCAGACAACAGCAACACAGAGAUCUCAAACAUUAACACGUAAGCUGUGCUAGAGCAGAAGGCAAUGAAAGAAGCACUGGAUGAGUGAAAAGCUCUGCUUUGCAGCCGCUCAGCAUGGCAGGCCUGCAGCUCAUGACCCCCGCCUCCUCACCAAUGGGUCCUUUCUUUGGACUGCCAUGGCAACAAGAAGCAAUUCAUGAUAACAUUUACACGCCAAGAAAAUAUCAGGUUGAACUGCUUGAAGCAGCUCUGGAUCAUAACACCAUCGUCUGUUUAAACACUGGCUCAGGGAAGACGUUUAUUGCAGUACUACUCACUAAAGAGCUGUCCUAUCAGAUCAGGGGAGACUUCAACAGAAAUGGAAAAAGGACGGUGUUCUUGGUCAACUCUGCAAACCAGGUUGGUCAACAAGUGUCAGCUGUCAGAACGCAUUCAGAUCUCAAGGUUGGGGAAUACUCAAACCUAGAAGUAAACGCAUCUUGGACAAAAGAGAAAUGGAACCAAGAGUUUGCUAAGCACCAGGUUCUCGUUAUGACUUGCUCUGUCGCCUUGAAUGUUUUGAAAAAUGGUUACUUAUCACUGUCAGACAUUAACCUUUUGGUGUUUGAUGAGUGUCAUCUUGCAAUUCUAGACCACCCCUACCGAGAAAUUAUGAAGCUCUGUGAAAAUUGUCCGUCGUGUCCUCGUAUUUUGGGACUGACUGCUUCCAUUUUAAAUGGGAAAUGCGAUCCUGAGGAAUUGGAAGAAAAGAUUCAGAAACUGGAGAAAAUUCUGAAGAGUAAUGCUGAAACCGCAACUGACCUGGUGGUCUUGGACAGAUACACUUCUCAACCGUGUGAGAUCGUGGUAGACUGUGGGCCAUUUACGGACAGGAGUGGCCUCUACGGCAGACUGCUGGUGGAGCUAGAGGAAGCACUUAACUUUAUCAACGACUGUAACAUAUCUGUGCAUUCGAAGGAAAGAGAUUCUACUUUAAUUUCUAAACAGAUCCUCUCGGACUGUCGUGCAGUCCUGGUGGUUCUGGGCCCCUGGUGUGCAGAUAAAGUCGCUGGGAUGAUGGUAAGAGAAUUGCAGAAAUACAUCAAGCACGAGCAAGAGGAGCUGCACAGGAAAUUUCUCUUGUUUACAGACACCUUCCUGAGGAAAAUACACGCUCUGUGUGAAGAGCACUUCUCUCCUGCCUCCCUUGACCUGAAAUUUGUGACUCCUAAAGUAAUAAAACUCCUUGAAAUCUUACGCAAAUACAAACCGUACGAGCGGCAGCAGUUUGAGAGUGUUGAGUGGUACAAUAAUCGGAACCAGGAUAAUUAUGUGUCUUGGAGUGAUUCUGAGGACGAUGAUGAGGAUGAAGAAAUCGAAGAAAAGGAAAAGCCGGAGACAAAUUUUCCUUCUCCGUUUACCAAUAUUUUAUGCGGAAUCAUUUUUGUGCAAAGAAGAUACACAGCUGUUGUCUUAAACAGAUUGAUAAAGGAAGCUGGCAAACAAGAUCCAGAGCUGGCUUACAUCAGCAGCAAUUUUAUAACUGGACAUGGCAUCGGAAAGAAUCAGCCUCGUAACAAACAGAUGGAAGCCGAGUUCAGAAAACAGGAAGAGGUCCUUAGGAAAUUUCGAGCACAUGAGACCAACCUCCUCAUUGCAACAAGUAUUGUGGAAGAGGGUGUUGAUAUACCAAAGUGCAACUUGGUGGUUCGAUUUGAUUUGCCCACAGAGUAUCGAUCCUAUGUUCAAUCUAAAGGAAGAGCAAGGGCACCGAUCUCUAAUUAUAUAAUGUUAGCGGAUACAGACAAAAUAAAAAGUUUUGAAGAAGACCUGAAAACAUACAAAGCUAUUGAAAAGAUCUUGAGAAACAAGUGUUCCAAGUCAGUUGACACUGGAGAGACUGACAUUGAACCUGUUGUAGAUGAUGAUGAUGUGUUCCCACCAUACGUGUUGAGGCCUGAUGAUGGUGGUCCACGAGUCACAAUCAACACGGCUAUUGGACACAUCAAUAGAUACUGUGCUAGAUUACCAAGUGACCCGUUCACUCAUCUAGCUCCUAAAUGUAGAACCCGAGAGUUGCCUGAUGGUACAUUUUAUUCAACUCUUUAUCUGCCAAUUAACUCACCUCUCCGAGCCUCCAUUGUUGGUCCACCAAUGAGCUGUAUCCGAUUGGCCGAAAGAGUUGUAGCUCUCAUCUGCUGUGAAAAACUGCACAAAAUUGGGGAACUGGAUGACCAUUUGAUGCCAGUUGGGAAAGAAACUGUUAAAUAUGAGGAAGAGCUUGAUUUACAUGAUGAAGAAGAGACCAGUGUUCCAGGAAGACCAGGUUCCACAAAACGAAGACAGUGCUACCCUAAAGCAAUUCCAGAAUGUCUGAGGGAUAGCUAUCCCAAACCCGAUCAGCCCUGUUACCUGUAUGUGAUAGGAAUGGUUCUGACGACGCCCUUGCCCGAUGAACUCAACUUCAGAAGGCGGAAGCUCUAUCCCCCUGAAGAUACCACCAGAUGCUUUGGAAUACUGACAGCCAAACCCAUACCUCAGAUCCCGCACUUUCCUGUGUACACGCGCUCUGGAGAGGUGACCAUAUCCAUUGAGCUGAAGAAGUCUGGCUUCACGUUGUCUCUACAAAUGCUUGAGUUGAUUACAAGACUUCACCAGUAUAUAUUCUCACAUAUUCUUCGGCUUGAAAAACCUGCACUAGAAUUUAAACCCAUAGACGCUGAUUCGGCAUACUGUGUUCUACCUCUUAAUGUUGUGAAUGACUCCAGCACUUUGGACAUUGACUUUAAAUUCAUGGAAGAUAUUGAGAAGUCUGAAGCUCGCAUAGGCAUUCCCAGUACAAAGUAUUCAAAAGAAACACCCUUUGUUUUUAAAUUAGAAGAUUACCAGGAUGCAGUUAUCAUUCCAAGAUACCGUAAUUUCGAUCAGCCUCAUCGAUUUUAUGUAGCUGAUGUGUACACUGAUCUUACCCCACUGAGUAAAUUUCCUUCCCCCGAGUAUGAAACUUUCGCAGAAUAUUAUAAAACAAAGUACAACCUUGACCUGACCAAUCUCAACCAGCCACUGCUGGAUGUGGACCACACAUCUUCAAGACUUAAUCUUUUGACACCACGCCAUUUGAAUCAGAAGGGGAAAGCUCUUCCUCUGAGCAGUGCUGAAAAGAGAAAAGCCAAGUGGGAAAGUCUGCAGAAUAAACAGAUACUGGUUCCAGAGCUCUGUGCUAUCCAUCCGAUUCCAGCGUCACUGUGGAGAAAAGCAGUCUGUCUCCCUAGUAUACUCUAUCGCCUUCACUGCCUUUUGACCGCAGAGGAGCUUAGAGCCCAGACGGCCAGCGAUGCUGGCGUGGGAGUCCGAUCACUUCCUGUGGAUUUUAGAUACCCUAACCUAGACUUCGGGUGGAAAAAAUCUAUUGACAGCAAAUCUUUCAUCUCAAUUGCUAACUCCUCUUCAGCUGAAAGUGAUAAUUACUGUAAGCACAGCACAAUUGUAGUCCCUGAAAAUGCUGCACGUCAAGGUGCUAAUAGAACCUCCUCUCUAGAAAAUCAUGACCAAAUGUCUGUGAACUGCAGGACGGUAUUCAGUGAGUCACCUGGUAAGCUCCAAAUUGAAGUUUCAACAGAUCUUACAGCAAUUAAUGGUCUUUCUUACAAUAAAAAUCUUGCCAACGGCAGUUAUGAUUUAGCUAACAGAGACUUUUGCCAAGGAAAUCAGCUGAUUUACUACAAGCAGGAAAUACCUGUACAACCAACUACCUCAUAUCCCAUUCAGAAUUUAUACAAUUACGAGAACCAGCCCAAGCCCAGCGAUGAAUGUACUCUACUGAGUAAUAAAUACCUUGAUGGAAAUGCUCACAAAUCUACCUCAGAUGGAAGUCCCACGACGGCCGCGACGCCUGGUACUACCGAAGCUGUUCGAGCGCUCAAGGACAGGAUGGGCUCUGAGCAGAGCCCGUGUCCUGGGUACUCCUCGAGGACUCUUGGCCCCAAUCCUGGACUUAUUCUGCAGGCUUUGACCCUUUCCAAUGCUAGUGAUGGAUUUAACUUGGAGCGGCUUGAAAUGCUCGGUGACUCCUUUUUAAAGCACGCCAUCACCACGUAUCUCUUUUGCACUUACCCUGAUGCUCAUGAGGGCCGCCUUUCAUACAUGAGAAGCAAAAAGGUCAGCAACUGUAAUCUGUAUCGUCUUGGAAAAAAGAAGGGACUGCCCAGCCGUAUGGUGGUAUCAAUAUUUGAUCCCCCCGUGAAUUGGCUUCCUCCUGGUUAUGUAGUCAACCAAGACAAAAGUAACACAGAUAAAUGGGAAAAAGAUGAAAUGACAAAAGACUGCAUGCUGGCUAAUGGCAAGCUGGACGAGGACUUCGAGGAGGAGGACGAGGAGGAGGAGGAUCUGAUGUGGAGGGCUCCGAAGGAGGACGCGGAGUACGAAGACGAUUUCCUGGAGUAUGAUCAGGAACAUAUCAAAUUUAUAGAUAACAUGCUAAUGGGAUCAGGAGCUUUUGUAAAGAAAAUCUCCCUCUCUCCUUUUUCAACCACUGAUUCUGCAUACGAAUGGAAAAUGCCCAAAAAGGCCUCCUUGGGUAGCAUGCCCUUCUCAUCAGAUUUCGAGGAUUUUGACUAUAGCUCUUGGGAUGCAAUGUGCUAUCUGGAUCCUAGCAAAGCUGUGGAAGAGGACGACUUUGUGGUGGGGUUCUGGAAUCCAUCCGAAGAAAACUGCGGUGUUGACACGGGGAAGCAGUCCAUUUCGUACGACUUGCACACCGAGCAGUGCAUUGCGGACAAGAGCAUAGCGGACUGCGUGGAGGCCCUGCUGGGCUGCUACUUAACCAGCUGCGGCGAGCGCGCUGCUCAGCUUUUCCUCUGCUCGCUGGGGCUCAAGGUGCUCCCGGUGAUUAGAAGGACUGGUCGGGAGAAGGCCGUGGGCCCGCCUCGGGAGAAUUCCAGCAGCCAACAAAAGAACCUUUCAGGGAGCCGCACUCCUGCCUCUGUGGCCGGCUCCCGCUCCUCGGUGUCGAGAGACCUGGAGUAUGGGUGUUUGAAGAUCCCCCCGAGAUGCAUGUUUGAUCACCCCGAUGCAGAUAAAACACUGAGUCACCUCAUAUCCGGUUUCGAAAAUUUCGAAAAGAAAAUCAACUACAGAUUCAAGAAUAAGGCUUACCUUCUACAGGCUUUUACCCACGCCUCCUACCACUACAACACCAUCACGGAUUGUUACCAGCGCCUGGAGUUCCUGGGAGAUGCGAUUCUGGACUACCUCAUUACCAAGCACCUUUACGAAGACCCGCGGCAGCACUCCCCGGGCGUCCUGACCGACCUGCGGUCCGCGCUGGUCAACAACACCAUCUUCGCGUCGCUGGCAGUCAAGUACGACUACCACAAGUACUUCAAAGCCGUCUCCCCUGAGCUCUUCCACGUUAUCGACGACUUCGUGCAGUUCCAGCUGGAGAAGAACGAGAUGCAGGGCAUGGACUCCGAGCUUAGGAGGUCUGAGGAGGACGAAGAGAAGGAGGAGGACAUCGAAGUUCCAAAGGCCAUGGGGGACAUUUUUGAGUCGCUUGCUGGUGCCAUUUACAUGGAUAGCGGGAUGUCCCUGGAGAUGGUGUGGCAGGUGUACUACCCAAUGAUGCGGCCGCUGAUAGAAAAAUUUUCUGCAAAUGUGCCCCGCUCCCCUGUGCGAGAAUUGCUUGAAAUGGAACCAGAAACUGCCAAAUUCAGCCCGGCUGAGAGGACGUAUGACGGCAAGGUCAGAGUCACGGUGGAAGUGGUGGGGAAGGGGAAGUUUAAAGGCGUCGGCCGGAGCUACAGGAUCGCCAAGUCUGCAGCAGCAAGAAGAGCCCUGCGCAGCCUCAAAGCCAGUCAACCUCAGGUUCCCAACAGCUGAAACCCCUUUUUACAACGAAAAAAAAAACAAAAAUGAAAACAAAAAAAAAAACCCACAAAAACCAGAAUUAAGGGGCUAACUAUUUAAAUUGAAAAGGAUGGUUUCAAGUCUAUAGUGAGGGGAAUGAAUCGAAGGCAGAAUUUAAAGUUUGUUUGAUAACAAGAUAGAUUACAGAAUAAAACAUUUAACAUAUGUAUAAAAAUUUUGGAACUAAUUGUAGUUUUAGUUUUUUGCGCAAACACAAUCUUGUCUUCUUUCCUCACUUCUGCUUUGUUUAAAUCACGAGAGUGCUUUAACGAGGACAUUUAGCAAGUGCACGAGAACUGUUGACAGUUAGUUAGCUGUGCUUUGUUUUGGGGUUUUGUUUUAGUGUUUUAGUUUCAUUUCUGUCUGCUCUGCUUAGCGUUAGGAGGCCAAGGAGGUUACCGCUAAGACAGCCCCUAGAUUCCGGGGCGCGCCCUUCCCCGGUCAGCGUGGGCGCCGGCGCCGGUCCCACCGUGGCCGCUGCGCCCAGGGGACCGGUGCGGCUUGCAAGAGGAGAAGCGUGCCCACCCCGUCUUUUCUUUCCAGUUCUGUUGCAUAAGAGGACGUCUCCCGGUCGCCAUUGCACUUGAUAGAGUAAGGGACAGGUUUUUAAUGAACGCUGGCUGGCAUGUUGGUGAAUCAGGUCUUCGUUUUCUCAUGUGACAUAGUCUUGCAUACAAAAGGUUCUUGCCUUAAAAGUAAAACCCUCAUGGAUAUUCUUUAAUUUCUGAUCUUUUUGGAACAAGCUAUUUUACAUUCCCUUCCUUUUAUUAUGCAUUGAGAUGUCGAGCUAGAGCGGUAUUUGCAACUCACUAGUGUAGUCGUGACGUAACUUAUUACGGGAUUAUGUUAGAGAUCCUGUCAUAUGUGUCCUGAAGGCAUUUUGAAAACCAGAAUAUUAUAUAUGUAGUCUAUGGAUUUUUUAAAGCACCGUAAUAAAAAUCUUUGGCUAAAUACCCAAUUUUGCUAAAAACCUCCGCCAGGUCGUUCCACUGACGGAGAUUGUUCGUGGCAGUUCCGCCCGGUAGGCUGUUGCUCUAACAAGAUAAACUCUAGACAUAUCACACCUAAAAUAUGCUGCAGAUUUUAUAACUGAUUGGUUACUUAUUUAAAGAAGCAAAACAGAGCACCUUUACCCUUAGUCUUGUCACUUAAGUGUCUCACUGUACUUGUCACACUGUUGCGUGCGUUCUUCACCUACCAAAGCCGCGCCGCUAAUGCCGUGGGAGUGUAACGUUUGCGACAGACUGCCAUCAUCACGACACGCCUGUGAUUGAGCUCAUUAAUGGAGGGAAACAAGCUCAUGAUUUCCAUCUUUGGAAAAGAGAAAAAAAAAAAAGACAUUUGUAGGCAUUUGCCGAAGUUUCUUUCAUUAGACUUGUAGGCACUCUUCACCUAAAUACCUCAGUUCUUCUUUUCUUUUGCAUGCGUUUUCCCCCUGUUUGGUGCUAUGUUUAUGUAUUAUGCUUGAAAUUUUAAUUUUUUUUUUUGCACUGUAACUAUAAUACCUCUUAAUUUACCUUUUUAAAAGCUGUGGGUUGGUCUUGCACUCCCACCAACAUACCAGUAGAGGUUUGCUGCAAUUUGCCCCAUUAAUUAUGCUUGAAGUUUAAGCAAGCCGAGCAGAGGUGUCUAGUGUUUUCCAGCACAUCGCUCUGAACUCGACGCUUCGUGUAAUGCUGCAUUUUUCAUUUUCGGUUACCGUUGAAUACUGUACUUUUUGCUUUAUCUGCACCCCCCACCCCCAGAGAAACACCUCUGCACGUGUGCACAGAGAAAACCGUCAGCUCCAUUUUCUAAGGAGACCCGAGUGAAGGGGAUGUUAAGCUUCUCCAACGUUAUUUGUUGUCUCCAAACUUAUAUUUAAAUUGCGAUCUAAAUUAUUAAAUGAGUUUUUGAGCAAAUUAAUUUGGGUAGACUCAUUUUAAAAAUAUUUCUGAUUGGGAACCUUCCGAUUUCUUUCUUUCUUUCUUUCUUU